GCUGGACUAGAGAGCUCCUCUCCGCGGCCCGCCCGGACCUGCCGAAGCGAGCGAUGGACCACGAGCGACUGCGCCCGGGGAUGCCCCUCUGAAGCGACGCGGGGCACCGGGGCAGAGCGGCGCCGCCUCUCCCCUGCUCCCCGGAUCCCCUCGCACCUCCGGCUCGCUCCCCGCUCCCCCUCCCUCCUCCCCGGGCUCCGCAGCCACCCCCUCACCUGCUGCCGUCCCCCUCCCCCGUGGAGCCGGGCUCUCUCCGUGCACGCCAAGCCUGUUCCCCCCCCCCGCCGCCAACUUCGCCCUCGGUGCCUGCGCGUGCAGCCUCCCCCCUCCGCCUCCCCGGCGGCACACGCCGCUUCCCCGGGCGCCCCCUCCCUCCGCCGCGGCUCCCCCCCUGCGCGGAGCGGUUGCGGCCCCCCAGCUUGGCUGCCACCGCCCCCUCCGCGCCGCGGAGCGCUCGGAGCGGCGCUGCCUGCAGACGGGCUCCCUGCGGCGCUCCGGGGCGGCCCCCAGCUCGGCCCCCCGCUCCUCCGCCAUGGACGGGGCGGCUCGCCGGGGGGUGCUGGCCGCGCUGCUGGCCUGCGGGCUGCUCCUGCUGGGCGCCGCGGCCACCCCGACCCCGCCGGCCCCCGCCGGCGGCUCCCCGCAGGACACAUGCACCUCCUGCGGCUUCCGGCGGCCCGAGGAGCCGGGCAAGGUGGACGGGGAUUUCCUGGAGGCGGUGAAGAGGCACAUCCUGAGCCGGCUGCAGAUGCGGGACCGGCCCAACAUCACGCACGCCGUGCCCAAGGCGGCCAUGGUCACGGCGCUGCGCAAGCUGCACGCCGGCAAGGUGCGGGAGGACGGCCGCGUGGAGAUCCCCAGCCUGGACGGGCAGGCGAGCGCCGGGCCCCCGGCCCACGACCCGGUCUCCGAGAUCAUCAGCUUCGCCGAGACAGACGAUCUGGCCUCAUCUAGAGUCCGCCUCUAUUUCUUCAUCUCAAAUGAAGGGAACCAGAACUUGUUUGUCGUUCAAGCCAGCCUGUGGCUUUACUUGAAGCUGCUUCCAUAUGUCUUAGAGAAAGGCAGCAGGCGAAAAGUAAGAGUCAAAGUCUAUUUCCAAGACCCGGACACUAGCAACAAGUGGAAUGUGGUUGAAAAGAAAGUUGAUCUCAAAAGAAGUGGUUGGCACACUUUUCCCAUGACAGAGGCGAUCCAGGCUCUGUUUGAGAGAGGAGAAAGGAGACUGAACUUGGAUGUUCAAUGUGAGGGCUGUGAAGAGUAUUCAGUGCUGCCAAUUUAUGUGGACCCCGGGGAGGAAUCCCACCGGCCUUUUUUAGUGGUGCAAGCCCGCCUCGCUGAUAACAAACACAGGAUCCGGAAAAGAGGCCUGGAGUGCGAUGGCAGGACCAAUCUAUGUUGCAGGCAACAGUUUUACAUUGACUUUAGACUCAUUGGGUGGAAUGACUGGAUCAUAGCACCAUCAGGUUACUAUGGGAAUUACUGUGAAGGGAGCUGCCCGGCCUACUUGGCCGGUGUCCCGGGGUCGGCUUCCUCCUUUCACACCGCUGUCGUGAAUCAGUACCGAAUGCGGGGGCUGAACCCGGGCACCGUGAACUCCUGUUGCAUUCCAACCAAACUUAGCACAAUGUCAAUGCUGUACUUUGAUGAUGAAUACAACAUUGUGAAAAGGGACGUUCCCAAUAUGAUUGUGGAAGAAUGUGGUUGUGCUUGAUUUAAGGUGUGUUUUGGGGGGGGAGAGAGAGAGAGGGAGAGAGAGAGAGAAACAUUCCCGUACAAGAUGGUGUUGGAGGAAGUUUCACUGUGUAUCCAGGCAUCAGUGUUGGAAAGUCACUGUGGAAAAGUUUGACAAAAAAAAAAAAAAAAAAAAAAUAAUCAUUUCACUUUGGUGUCAGGACAGUGGCAGUUUGUGGAUCAUGGACACUUAUAUAUUCUAUCACUUAUAAGUUAAUGCUAUGAAAUAUCUUAAAGACACACACACACACGAAAUGUGGGCACGCACACAAACACGCGCUCAGACACACAGACACACACAGACACACACACCCGAGGCAGCUCAGAAAAGGGACAUGAGCACAGAAAGUCAGUGACCAGUGACGAUGGACCUAAAUGCCUGCCAGUACGAGUGAACGGCUGAGCAGCUGUUUCCCCGCCUGCCGGCAAAGCCAGACCGAAAUGAGCUCCCUUUGCUCAGGCAAAAGCACAGACUGUGAGAACACAACGUAUUCUUGCACGCAGGUGUCAAAAUGACCAAACUUAGA